AUGUCGACCGCCGCGAUCUCAACACCUGUCAAGUCCCACAAGGGGCUGUUCUCCUCACGCACCGCUGGGGGACGUAUGCCACUUACACCAUCUCCCCACCAGCAGUCUAAAACAACGACCAUCCCCGUGAACCUUGACUCGUCUCCGUACACCCCCGAUGGAUCGGGGAAAAAAGAUGGCCGUGCGGCCAAAAGCUCAAAGUCAACUUACGGUGGCAACCUCAUGUCACACCUGUCGCGGUCCGUAUCCAUGGCCUCUAGCCGCGGGUCCCCCAAGUCAAAUAUUGCCCUUGGUGCGCAAACACCUCGCAAGGCCUUUGAGCUCGGCGUCUCUGAUUACACCUUGACAGGGACUGGUGUCCCCAAGACCCCCGCCAGCACAAAGUCCAAGAAAGGCUCCCUCCGCAUAAAGCCUAGCAAGACAACCAUCAACUACGGUGGUGACCGCUUCAUCCCCAACCGCACCUCCAGCUCCGCGAUUGCGAACGCAGGUUCUAGCAAACUCGACCUCUCCGAGAGACAACGGCCCAAGUCGAGCACUAGUGGCUCGUCAGCCCUGGCCUCCGCGGCAGACGAUGCCGCCGCCGCCUUCGAGCGACUGGAAAUCAAUGGUGACGAGGUCGAUACCUACACCAAGCCUUCGCCAAAUACUGUGGCUUACCAAGACUCGCUUGCCGACGCUUGUGGCGUCAAGCUGAACACCCGCAUUCUGGAGUUCAAGCCUGCUCCCCCGGAGUCUUCCAAGCCUAUCGACCUUCGCCAACAAUACAACAGACCUCUCAAGCCCGUCGGCGUCAGUUCGGCUCAGAUUCGCAGGCGCAUCGCUACUGCCCCUGAGCGCGUUCUUGAUGCGCCUGGGUUAAUCGAUGAUUACUACCUGAACCUUCUCGACUGGAGCUCGGGCAACCAAGUGGCCAUUGGCCUUGAACGUAAUGUCUAUGUGUGGUCGGCUGAUGAGGGCAAUGUUAACUGCUUGCUCGAGACCGGCCCUGAUACAUAUGUCAGCAGCGUCAAGUGGUCCGAUGAUGGCGCCUAUGUUGGUGUUGGUCUCGGUACGGGUGAGGUCCAGAUUUGGGAUGUUUCGGAGGGGCAAAAGAUUCGCAGCAUGUUUGGCCAUGAUACCCGUGUCGGUGUCAUGGGCUGGAGCAAGCAUCUUCUUUCCACUGGCGCUCGCAGUGGUCUCGUCUUCAACCACGAUGUGCGUAUUGCUGAGCACAAGGUUGCCGAGCUUGUUUCUCACACCUCCGAGGUUUGCGGCCUCGAAUGGCGCUCCGAUGGCGCCCAGCUCGCCACUGGCGGCAACGACAAUCUUGUUUCCAUCUGGGACGCCCGAUCUCUAUCUGUUCCCAAGUUCACCAAGACCAAUCACAAGGCUGCUGUCAAGGCGCUUGCCUGGUGCCCAUGGAACAUGAACCUUUUGGCUACCGGUGGCGGCUCCUACGAUCGCCAUAUUCAUUUCUGGAACUCGACAUCUGGUGCUCGUGUCAACAGCAUUGAUACUGGCUCUCAGGUAACCUCGCUCCGCUGGAGUCCUCAUUACCGCGAGAUUGUCAGCUCCUCCGGCUUCCCUGACAACUCUCUGAGCGUCUGGAGCUAUCCCACCCUGGUGCGCAAUGUCGAGAUCCCUGCUCACGAAAGCCGCGUUCUCCACAGCUGCCUAAGCCCCGACGGCCAGAUGCUUGCCACCGCUGCUGCGGAUGAGAGCUUGAAGUUCUGGAAGAUUUUCGAGAAGAAGGCUGGCUCGUCGGCCGGCAUUGGCGCCUCGGGCUCGUCUAGCAAGGCGGAGAUGGCCAAGUCUAUGACCAUUCGAUAA